AUGGAUCAGAAUUACUCAACGGUUCAAGACGGCAAGCAGCUGCUAGCGGAGAGGGACUCGUCCAAACGCGUGCUGACAGGAUGCUUCCUCUCCCUCCUCAUCUUCACAACGCUGCUAGGCAACACACUUGUGUGCGCCGCCGUCACCAAGUUCCGACACCUCAGGUCAAAGGUUACCAACUUUUUUGUCAUCUCUCUGGCCAUCUCCGACCUUCUGGUGGCCAUCCUGGUAAUGCCAUGGAAGGCGGCGACAGAGAUCGUGGGGUUCUGGCCGUUUGGCGCCUUCUGCAAUGUCUGGGUGGCAUUUGACAUAAUGUGCUCCACUGCCUCCAUCUUGAACCUGUGUGUGAUUAGUGUCGACCGUUACUGGGCCAUCUCCAGCCCGUUCCGCUAUGAACGCAAGAUGACCCCUAAAGUGGCGUGCCUGAUGAUCAGCGUGGCAUGGACCCUGUCCGUCCUCAUCUCCUUCAUUCCUGUGCAGCUUAACUGGCACAAAGCUCAGACCACCAGCUACGCAGAGCUAAAUGGAACUUAUCCCGGCGAUCUUCCCCCUGACAACUGUGACUCCAGCCUUAAUCGGACUUACGCCAUCUCCUCCUCCCUUAUCAGCUUCUACAUCCCUGUGGCUAUUAUGAUCGUCACCUAUACCCGGAUCUACCGCAUCGCCCAGAUACAGAUACGGAGAAUAUCUGCCCUGGAGCGGGCAGCAGAGAGUGCCAAAAACCGCCACAGCAGCAUGGGGAACAGUUCGAGCAUAGAGUGUGAGAGCUCAUUCAAAAUGUCGUUCAAGCGAGAAACCAAAGUCUUAAAGACACUCUCAGUCAUCAUGGGGGUGUUUGUGUGCUGCUGGUUGCCCUUCUUCAUCCUUAACUGCAUGGUUCCGUUCUGUGAGCCGAACUUGCCAGAUGGUGCCACGGACUUCCUCUGUAUCAGCCCCACCACCUUUGACGUGUUCGUGUGGUUUGGCUGGGCUAACUCCUCGCUCAACCCCAUCAUCUAUGCCUUCAACGCUGACUUCCGCAAGGCCUUCUCCAUCCUCCUGGGUUGCCACCGGCUCUGCCCGGGGAGCAACGCCAUCGAGAUCGUCAGUAUAAACAACAACAUGGGUGCCCCUACCUCGAACCCAAACUGCCACUAUCAGCCCAAGAGUCACAUCCCAAAGGAGGGCAACCAUUCAGCCAACUACGUGAUUCCACACAGCAUCCUGUGUCAGGAGGAGGAGUUACAGAAGAAGGACGGAUGUGGGGGAGAGAUGGAGGUAGGGACUGUAAACAACGCCCUGGAGAAACUGUCCCCAGCCAUCUCUGGGAAUUUAGACAGCGACACUGAGGUCACGCUGGAAAAGAUCAAUCCCAUAACGCAGAACGGACAGCAUAAAGCUGUGUCAUGUUGA